GGCGCUGGGGUCUGGGGGCACUGCUUAGCGGUGCUAGGCUGGCGCGGCUUGAGCCGCCGCCGCACUGACAGCUCGGUCUGCGGACCAUGGAGACCGGCGCCGGUGCACACCCGCUGCUCCUGUUCCUCUGCCGGAUGCCGCUCUGUCUCGCGGUGCUUUUGGGACCCUGGCGGCCUGGGACCGCCGAGGAAGUCAUCCUCCUGGAUUCCAAAGCCUCCCAGGCUGAGCUGGGCUGGACUGCACUGCCUAGUAAUGGGUGGGAGGAGAUCAGCGGUGUGGAUGAACACGACCGUCCCAUCCGCACAUACCAAGUGUGCAAUGUGCUGGAGCCCAACCAGGACAACUGGCUGCAGACUGGCUGGAUCAGCCGCGGCCGCGGGCAGCGCAUCUUCGUGGAGCUGCAGUUCACACUCCGUGACUGCAGCAGCAUCCCUGGUGCCGCGGGCACCUGCAAGGAGACCUUCAACGUCUACUAUCUGGAAACGGAGGCCGACCUGGGGCGCGGGCGUCCCCGCCUAGGCGGCAGCCGGCCCCGCAAAAUCGACACGAUCGCGGCGGACGAGAGCUUCACGCAGGGCGACCUGGGCGAGCGCAAGAUGAAGCUGAACACAGAAGUGCGCGAGAUCGGCCCGCUCAGCCGGAGAGGUUUCCACCUGGCCUUUCAGGACGUGGGCGCCUGCGUGGCGCUUGUCUCGGUGCGCGUCUACUACAAGCAGUGCCGUGCCACCGUGCGGGGGCUGGCCACGUUCCCAGCCACCGCAGCCGAGAGCGCCUUCUCCACCCUGGUGGAAGUGGCUGGAACGUGCGUGGCGCACUCGGAAGGCGAGCCCGGCAGCCCCCCGCGCAUGCACUGCGGCGCGGACGGCGAGUGGCUGGUGCCUGUGGGCCGCUGCAGCUGCAGUGCGGGAUUCCAGGAGCGUGGUGACAUCUGCGAAGCCUGUCCCCCAGGGUUUUACAAAGUGUCCCCGCGGCGGCCCCUCUGCUCACCGUGCCCAGAGCACAGCCGGGCCCUGGAAAACGCCUCCACCUUCUGCGUGUGCCAGGACAGCUACGCGCGCUCGCCUACCGACCCGCCCUCGGCUUCCUGCACCCGGCCGCCGUCGGCGCCGCGGGACCUGCAGUACAGCCUGAGCCGCUCCCCGCUGGCGCUGAGGCUGCGCUGGCUGCCGCCGGCCGACUCAGGCGGACGCUCGGACGUCACCUACUCGCUGCUGUGCCUGCGCUGCGGCCGCGAGGGCCCGGCGGGCGCGUGCGAGCCGUGCGGGCCGCGCGUGGCCUUCGUGCCGCGCCAGGCCGGGCUGCGGGAGCGCGCCGCCACGCUGCUGCACCUGCGGCCCGGCGCGCGCUACACCGUGCGCGUGGCCGCGCUCAACGGCGUCUCGGGUCCGGCGGCCGCCGCGGGAGCCACCUACGCGCAGGUCACCGUCUCCACCGGGCCCGGGGCGCCCUGGGAAGAGGAUGAGAUCCGCAGGGACCGAGUGGAGCCCCAGAGCGUGUCCCUGUCGUGGCGGGAGCCCAUCCCUGCCGGAGCCCCUGGGGCCAAUGGCACGGAGUACGAGAUCCGAUACUACGAGAAGGGUCAGAGUGAGCAGGCUUACUCCACGGUGAAGACGGGGGCGCCAGCAGUCACCGUCACCAACCUGAAGCCGGCUACCCGAUACGUCUUUCAGAUCCGGGCCGCUUCCCCUGGGCCAUCCUGGGAGGCCCAGAGCUUUAACCCUAGCAUUGAAGUGCAGACCCCGGGGGAGGCUGCCUCAGGGUCCAGGGACCAGAGCCCCGCCGUUGUCGUCACCGUAGUGACCAUCUCGGCCCUCCUCGUCCUGGGCUCCGUGAUGAGUGUGCUGGCCAUUUGGAGGAGGCCCUGCAGCUAUGGCAAAGGAGGAGGGGAUGCCCAUGAUGAAGAGGAGCUGUAUUUCCAUUUCAAAGUCCCUACACGUCGCACAUUCCUGGACCCCCAGAGCUGUGGGGACCCGCUGCAGGCUGUGCAUCUGUUCGCCAAGGAGCUGGAUGUGAAAAGCGUCACACUGGAGAGGAGCCUUGGAGCAGGACGGUUUGGGGAGCUGUGCUGUGGCUGCCUGCAGCUCCCCGGCCGCCAGGAGCUGCCCGUAGCCGUGCACACACUGAGGGACAGUGCCUCCGACUCACAGAGGCUCGGCUUCCUGGCCGAGGCCCUCACGCUGGGUCAGUUUGACCAUAGCCACAUCGUGCGGCUGGAGGGUGUUGUCACCCGAGGAAGCACCUUGAUGAUUGUCACCGAGUACAUGAGCCAUGGGGCCCUGGAUGGCUUCCUCAGGCGGCACGAGGGACAGCUGAUGGCUGGGCAGCUGAUGGGGUUGCUGCCUGGGCUGGCAUCAGCCAUGAAGUAUCUGUCAGAGAUGGGCUACGUUCACCGGGGCCUGGCGGCUCGCCGUGUGCUGGUCAGCAGCGACCUUGUCUGCAAGAUCUCUGGCUUUGGGCGAGGCCCCCGGGACCGAGCAGAGGCUGUCUACACCACCAUGAGUGGCCGGAGCCCGGCGCUGUGGGCCGCCCCUGAGACACUUGAGUUUGGUCACUUCAGCUCUGCCAGUGACGUGUGGAGCUUCGGCAUCGUCAUGUGGGAGGUGAUGGCCUUUGGGGAGCGGCCUUACUGGGACAUGUCUGGCCAAGACGUGAUCAAGGCUGUGGAGGAUGGCUUUCGGCUGCCACCCCCCAGGAACUGUCCCACUCUGCUGCACCGACUAAUGCUUGACUGCUGGCAGAAGGACCCAGGUGAGCGGCCCAGGUUCUCCCAGAUCCACAGCAUCCUGAGCAAGACGGUGCAGGACCCAGAGCCCCCUAAGUGUGCCCCAACCACCUGUCCCAGGCCUCCCACCCCACUAGCGGACCGUGCCUUCUCCACCUUCCCCUCCUUUGGCUCUGUGGGUGCGUGGCUGGAGGCCCUGGACCUGUGCCGCUACAAGGACAGCUUUGCGGCUGCUGGCUACGGGAGCCUGGAGGCCGUGGCCGAGAUGACCGCCCAGGACCUGGUGAGCCUGGGCAUCUCUUCGGCUGAACAUCAAGAGGCCCUCCUUAGCGGGAUCGGUGCCCUGCAGGCACGAGUGCUCCAGCUGCAGGGCCAGGGGGUACAGGAUAAUAAAAACUUGUCUGUGAUGCAGUGCCUCUUUGAGUGGCAGUUGCUUGAUCAUCGUAUAGCUGGUAUGGAAGGGUCUCUGCCCCCUUCCUCUGGGACGGGGUUGUCCAGAGUGUGCGUCUGA